AUGAAACAAAACCAGAAGAAUGAAGGAAAUCGAGAAAAAUUGGACAAGAGAGAAGUCAGUCAUUGGACUAAACUCCACUGGGAUGGCUUCCAGAUCACCGCCCUCAAAUGUCAAUACUCAAGACUCCAUGUGUCGUGGAGUGAGGUUAAACAACCAAAUGCUGAGAUAGAAGACCCAGAUCUCUCCGGAUCUGUAUCUCGCUACCGAUUGUUCGCCUCAUGGACAGUCGACACCAUUUCUGGCAAUUCGACUGCAGAGGGUGAUUCAUCCCUUACACCAACUGGGUGUAAAACCUCAGUCGAUACCACCCCCUUUCUUAUUAGUCGACCCCAUGGCAGCAAGAAAAAAGGCGAUCUUGUGCUAUACUCCAGUGAUCUCUUUCCUACCGAGGCACGCAAACCCCCUAUCAUGUCCCAGAUCACAUUCUGUAAAUCGAAAGGGGAAGCCUACUCAUCCAUCAGCUCCUCUUGUAGAUCAGUGUGGUUUUAUGAAGCGUCUAAGCACAGUUCACUCGCAUUGAUCAAGCAAGAGUUUUGCCGCCACUCCUUAAGGUUACCUGUUGUAUCAGACACUUCUUUCAUUCUUUCCCACGCUUCAUACCCCCAUUUCUUCUUUCUUAAGGUAAGGUAA